AUGUCUGCUAUCAAACGUGGUUCUGAAGCUACGGCUCAAUUGGCUACUAAGAGGACUAAGGUGCUAGUCACCGACUUCUUUAAAAAGACAGACACAACUCAGAAAAACGCGUCUAAUCAGAGUGUUGCUGAAAGUAACAGUGAAUCUGUCUUUGUGAAUAAGGUUCUAGAUACGACAGAUCUACCAGAAGAAGAUACUGAUAAGAAUAAGUUGAAGAACGCUAUUUUACAGUUUGUACCUGAGGAAAAGAAGUGUUUACUGGAUUUAGAAAUGGAUACAAUUGACAUUUCCUGGCUGAGACGGUUAAAGCAAGAGUUCUCGAAACCGUAUUUCCUUAAACUGAAGGAAUUUGUUGUGAACGAACAGAAAAAUUGCACGGUUUUCCCAUCACCGAAGGAUAUCUACUCGUGGACUCGCUUAACGCAUUUCGAUGAUGUUCGAGUUGUGAUUAUUGGCCAGGAUCCCUAUCAUAAUUUUAACCAAGCUCAUGGAUUGGCUUUUAGCGUACGAAGCCCGACGCCAGCUCCUCCGUCUCUUAAGAAUAUAUACAAAGAAUUACAAUUGAACAAUUACUCCGAUUUCAAAGUUAAUUAUUCAUAUGGAGAUCUUUCAUCGUGGAGUAAGCAAGGUGUCUUAUUACUUAAUACCAGUUUAACAGUCAAAGCACACUCUGCUAAUUCUCACUCCAAGAGAGGUUGGGAACAAUUCACUAAAAGAGCCAUUGAUCUACUAAUUGAAGACAGAAUGAAAAACGGUAAACCAAUCGUUUUCCUACUUUGGGGCAACAAUGCUAUCAAGCUGAUUGAAGGGGAAAAAAGGCACUUGCCAUCGAAUUUCAAAGUUCUAAAGUCUGUACAUCCAUCGCCGCUGUCUGCGUCAAGAGGGUUCUUCGGCAAUAAACAUUUCAAGAUUAUAAACGAUUACUUAUUUGAGAACAAAGAACCAAUGAUAGAUUGGAGCGUCGUUCCAGGAUCUACAUUGCAGGAAGUAUCAGAAGCUAAUAAGAAGCUUGAGUGA